CGUAACUCGCCCCGCUUUCUUCUUCAGCCGCAUCUGGCCUUCAGAGAACAGAGGAGGAGUGCGAUGGCCCCCAAAGGGAAGACAAACACCACCGGCGGCGGCGGCGGGAUCGCCGGAGUAGAUGUCGUAGCGAAGGCGAUCCACUAUCGAGGUGUGAGGAAGAGGCCGUGGGGGAGAUACGCGGCGGAGAUUAGGGAUCCGGGGAAAAAGAGCAGGGUCUGGCUGGGUACGUUCGAUACUGCGGAAGAGGCCGCUAGGGCUUAUGAUUCGGCCGCCAGGGAGUUCAGGGGAUCAAAGGCGAAGACCAAUUUCUCCUAUCCAGAGCCUUAUUCGAGUCCCAGCAGCCAGAGCAGCACCGUUGAAUCUUCGAGCAGGGAAGCCCCAUCUACCCUACCGCCUCUAGCGACCACGUUUCCUCUUCCAGAACUUGAUCCGAUCAACCGCAGCGGUCCGCGAUUCCCCUUCCAGCGAUUCCCUGCAAAUGCUACCGCUCCAUCGUAUCCGAUCUUUUACUUCGAUCCGUUUGCUGGAUCGGAUACGGUGCCUAAUCUUGCUCCCACUGUGGCGAUCGCCGGAGGGAAGAAUCGUAAUCUAAUGCUGCUCGAAUCGCCGUUGAUGAUUCCAGAUUCCCACGCGCCAGCUCACUCCGGCGUGCAGAGCGAUUCGGAUUCCUCCUCUGUCGUCGAUGCUCAUCCUUCGCCCCCGCCGAAGAGGCUCGGUGGCGGAUUCGAUCUUGAUCUAAACCUUCCUCCUCCGGCUGAAAUUGCAUGAUCUUCUCCCUCUAAACUCUGAUCAAUUAUUUUUGUCGCCUAUAUAAUUGAAGGAACAAAAUUAGUAACGUUUUUUGUUGAUUUGACUCGAUUUCCUUGCAAUCGCCGGGAUUAGCGAAGUUAUUGUAGAUAGUUUUAACUCCUCUCUCUUUUUUGCUGAGGGUUUGAGGAUCUGUUCCCGUAGAUCCCAACCUGUGUUUUGUAAUCCUUUUCAUUAAUUGCAGAUGUUAUGAUUUCAUUAA